UUGCGGGAUUCCUGUGUUUUAUGUGCUAUAACAUGGCGGCCAAGAUGGCGUCUUAUGCAACAAGAUUUGUGCUUCAUUCAUCAAGGGAUUUUUCCUCUUUAUCGAGGACACAGGCUGGUUUAUCGUUAUUUCAUCGCCUAAGAAUUCAAUCAUUCAGUUCUCUGCCUGAAGAUGUGAAAAAUAAAAUAGCAGAAGGACCAGGACUGGGAGAUUUUCUCUCUGGUGAUCCGCCUGAGAACCCUUACAGGAGAAAGAAAGGACAGAGGUUAAGACUUCCCUCUUGGUUGAAGACUGAAAUUCCUAUUGGUAAAAACUAUUCAAAGUUGAAGAAAACUUUAAGAGAGCUGAACCUAAGCACAGUGUGUGAAGAAGCAAAGUGUCCCAACAUUGGUGAGUGCUGGGGUGGUGGUAAAGAAGGAACAGCUACAGCUACAAUCAUGGUGAUGGGAGAUCAGUGUACAAGAGGUUGUCGUUUCUGUUCUGUUAAGACUAACAAAAAGCCCCCACCACUUGACCCUCUGGAACCAAUCAAUACUGCAGAAGCCAUCAGCCAAUGGGGACUAGACUAUAUUGUUAUUACGUCAGUAGACAGAGAUGAUGUUCCUGAUGGAGGGGCUUCCCACAUUGCAGAGACCGUAAAGCAGAUCAAGAAAAGGAGUCCCGCUAUCUUGGUAGAGUGUUUGACACCUGAUUUCCGUGGCAACCAAGAAUGCAUAGAAACAAUUGUACACUCUGGGCUAGACGUCUUUGCACACAAUGUCGAGACAGUAGAAAGAUUGCAACUAUUAGCAAGAGAUCCUAGAGCCAACUAUGAGCAGUCUCUAGAUGUUCUACGUCAUGUUAAGAGAGUGAAUCCUGAUACGGUAACAAAGACGUCAAUAAUGCUUGGAAUGGGAGAAACAGAUGAUGAAAUACAUCAGACAUUCAAAGAUAUACGUGAUGCUGGUGUAGAUUGUGUGACACUUGGACAAUACAUGCGUCCAACCAGGAACCACCUUAAGGUUACGGAGUACGUCACACCAGAGAAGUUCAAGCACUGGGAGACAGUGGGAAAUGAAAUGGGUUUUGCUUACACAGCAAGUGGACCUCUUGUCCGAUCAUCAUAUAAAGCAGGAGAAUUUUUUAUCAAAAAUUUGCUGCAAAAGAAAAAGGCCAGUUCAUCCAGUACUCAAGAGAAUGACAGUUGAUAUGAAACGAGAUAUUCACCUAUGGAUUUGGUAUGGCUAAUGGAUAACGUUUGAUGUCCUUUGACUAUCAAUGACAUGCAAUGAUAGGAGAAACUGAAAUAAUUUAAUUUCACAGAAAGGAAAAUCAUUGAUUUUAUUACAUCACUCUAUAAGAAUGAACUUCUUGAUUAAUAAUCGUCACAUCGCACUGAAACUUUUAGAAUAAUUGACCCUAUUUUUAAGAUGCUAUUUGUAUAGAUGUUGAUUGUAAAUAGAUAGGGCUUCUGCAGUCUUGAAGUGCAUAAAAUCCUGUAUAACAGGUUUUGGUAAACUCGCAUCAAGAGGACAUGGGUCAAAGUUCACGAUGAGACCACAAUGCACCAUGGAUCCUUUUCCAAGUUCUGAUUUUCUUGUGCAGCAGUCAUGAAGUCACGUGAUCGGUUCCUAUAAAAAUAGGGAAAGAAUGAGAACAUGAAGGGUACAAAGAUAGCAGUAAGGAAAAUGAGAAUUUAGUGAAUAGGAAAUUAGUACUUUAUUUAUGCAUUUUGAAAAUGACUCAGUAAAACUGGUGAAAACUCCCGCGACUUGUAAUGAAGAAAGAACCAUCUUUUGUCUGCAGAUUUAAGGCAUGCGUUGUGGAAUUAUUAGAACUAGCCUUAUUUAGUAAACUAAGAGUUGUAUGGUGAAUUCAGUGCUUGUGAAGCAUGUCAUGAAUGAUGAAGCAUUCCUGGUGUUACCGGGUCAAGAUGUUAUGGUUGUCAUGCUGGGUGUGACGUCCUGCUAUCACUGGCAAGUGUUCAUCCAUAUUGAACUAAUUACUUCACUACAAGAGCAUCUGCUUCUCUUUUAUCGUCGAAAAAAAAACCAAAAAGCUUCGCAGACUGAUGAAUAUUACAAAAUAGUGUAGAGUUCCUACCGUAAAAGAACAUUGUGUGGUUUAGUUACUGUAAUGCUUGUUACUCGCUGAAAAUGCAUUUGGAAAGAUGAUAAAAGUAAGCAAUGUAAAAAUAAUUGCUGGAAACAAUGAAACAUUUAUAAGACUA